UUCAGUGAAAAAAUAAGUGGAGCAGAAGGAACAAAGUUAGAUGAAGAAUUUCAAGAGAUGGAAAGGAAAAUUGAUGUUACUAAUAAAGCAGUAGCGGAGCUUCUUUCCAAAUCCACGGAGUAUCUUCAGCCGAAUCCAGCCUACAGAGCCAAGCUGGGAAUGCUGAAUACUAUGUCAAAGAUCAGAGGACAAGUUAAAACCACAGGCUAUCCCCAGACAGAGGGACUCCUAGGAGACUGCAUGAUACGGUAUGGCAGAGAGCUUGGCGAUGAUUCUAUGUUUGGUCUUGCACUACUGGAUGCUGGUGAGAGCAUGAAGCAAAUGGCAGAGGUGAAGGACUCGCUUGAUAUUAACGUCAAACAAAAUUUUAUUGAUCCUCUACAGUUACUGCAGGACAAAGAUUUGAAAGAGAUUGGGCAUCAUCUGAAGAAACUAGAAGGACGCCGUUUGGAUUAUGAUUAUAAAAAGAAGCGUCUUGGAAAGAUACCAGAUGAAGAAGUGAAACAAGCAGUAGAAAAAUUUGAAGAGUCCAAGGAACUGGCUGAAAGAAGCAUGUUCAAUUUCUUGGAAAACGAUGUAGAACAAGUCAGCCAGUUGGCUGUGUUCGUAGAAGCAGCGCUAGAUUACCAUAAACAAUCCACAGACAUUUUGGAGGAUCUGCAGAGCAAGCUGCAAAACCGAAUAAAUGUAGCAUCUAGUCGGCCGAAACGGGAAUUUAAGCCAAAGCCUGUAAUAACAACCACCCUGGAAGUCGGUGAUAAUCAGCAGCACAAUGGGAUCGCCUACAGUUCUUCCAUAAAAUCGUCAGGUAAGCCUGUGGCCACGGAACUGACGUGCCGGUAG